AUGGGCGCCAAGCGGCGCGCGGCGGCGGCGGCGGCGCCGGGGAAGAAGCGCGGGAAGGAGGCGCCUCGCGCCCAGCUCUGCGCGGGCCUCGGCGACACGGCGCUGCGGGAGCGGGCGGCGGCGGCGUGGCGCGGCGGGGAGCCGCUCCGGCACGAGGCGGCGGUGCUGGAGCCGGCCCCGUUCCGGCACGGCGUUAUCCCGGGCUUCCUGGCGGGCUCGGCCUUCGCGGAGGCGCUGCGCGACGAGCUGCUGCGCCUGGAGUUCCGCAGGCGGUGCAACGACCUGCUGUCGCUGCGGCAGUCCGAGGAGCUGGGGGGAAGGCCGGAGCCGCACGUCGCCGCGCUGAGGCAUGCCCUGUGUGAGGAAUUCAGAGCGUGGCUUUCUGCUGUGACCCAGAUUGAGCUGGAGCCAAUCAUUGACAUCUCCUGUGCAAAAUAUGAGUAUACUGAUGUCUUGCUGUGCCAUGAUGAUGAGCUGGAGGGUCGGAGAGUUGCCUUCAUCCUGUACCUUGUGCCACCCUGGGACAGCAGCGAUGGAGGAACGCUGGAUCUCUAUGGCACAGAUGAGCACUUUCAGCCACAGCAAAUUGUCAAGUCAUUAGUGCCUUCCUGGAACACCCUGGUUUUCUUUGAAGUGUCUCCAGUCUCUUUCCACCAGGUGUCAGAAGUGCUGUCGGGGAAGUGCCGCCUGUCCGUGAGCGGCUGGUUCCACGGGCCAGCCCUGGCCCGGCCAGCACGCCGGCCUGAAGCUGCCCUGCCCAGGAGCCCACACAUCCCCCACGAUCAUGAAAUCUUGUAUGAGUGGAUCAACCCAGUUUAUUUGGACAUGGACUCCCAGGCUCAGAUCCAGGAGGAAUUUGAGGAGCGAUCAGAAAUUCUCCUGAAAGAUUUCCUUAAGAAGGAGAAAUUCCAGCUGCUUUGUGGAGCUUUGGAGGACAAAGAUAUCCAGUGGAGCAGCCGAGGACCUGCCAAUAAAAGACUCUAUGAGACAGCAGAGGAAGACAGCCUCCCUGACAUCCUGAAGCAGUUCCUGCACUUCUUACGCUCCGAGGCCUUGUUUUUGCUGCUUUCCAACUUCACUGGCCUAAAGCUGCACUUCCUGGCUCCCUCUGAUGAGGAAGAAGAUGCAGGGGAAGGAAGAGCAGCAGACACUGCUGAGCACAGUGAUUCCAAACCUGAUCAGGAGACUAAGCAACACACUGAGAGCCCUCCCCAUCAGCCAGGGCAGCCUGACAGCAUCCCUGAGGCACAAGAGAGUGAGGCACAGAAGGGCUCGGGGCCGCCCAGCUGCGCGGGGGAGCUGAGGCGCUGGGCACACCGACACUACACUCUAGUCCAUGAUGCUCAAGCUACAGAAUUUGCUCUUGACCUGCUCUUCUUCUGUGGCUGCCAGGACUGGGAUCCAGACUAUGGUGGCUUCACUUCCUACAUUGCUAAAGGUGAAGAUGAAGAGCUGUUGACAGUGAACCCAGAAGAUAACUGCCUGGCCUUAGUGUACAGAGACAAGGAGACGCUGAAGUUUGUGAAGUACAUCAACCAGCGGAGCUCGGCUCGUGCGAAGCAGCGCCCUGGCACUGCUGCCUUCUGGGACUUCUCCUUUGUGUAUUAUGAGUGAGGGUGCAGAGUGUGCCCAUGGGCACACACACAGGGGCAAGGCUUCCCCCAGGCACCCAGCUGGGGCCUCUCUCAGCCCUGACAAACUUUUUCUGCUGGUACUUGAUCACACAGAGUCUGAGCUGUACCUACCACAGCAGGGGGAGUCCAGGGGGCUCCUGCACAGAAGGAAAUCCAGCCUGCUCUUGACUACGUGGCUGUCACACCCCUGCCAGCUGCUCCAUCAGCUUCCUGCCUGUUCUCCCAUGGAACUGGUGUGGUGGGACUUGUGUCAGGGGCAGCAUUCCAGCCGUGCCUUGCCCGGGGCUGAGCACUGAUUCCUAGUAAAGGGAAUAAUUGGGUCAGUGAAAUGUUUCCAUCCCUGGUCAAACAAGUUUUGUUACAAGAUGCCCAAGCCCUUUUUUAGGGCUUAAAAUUCGCUGUAGAAAUACAGGAGCUGGCCUGAGAA